AUGGGCAACCUACAGCUCUUAAGUGCAUUCCUCCUCCUUUCCUGCUCGAUCUUCAUCACCCAGUCAGCCCCAACGGCAUCCACAAUACCGACAAAGCUGAUCUACCAAUUCCCCAACGGUACCUGGCUAGAGAACCUAGCCGUCCGCCCCGACAACUCCAUCCUCACAACCGUCCUCACCUCCCCAGACCUCUAUCUCGUACAACCCUCCUCAUCAUCCCCAGACCCACGCCUAAUCCACCACUUCGCCUCCCACAACGCCCUCCUCGGCAUCACCGAGCUCGCACCGUACGACUACCAAGUCGUCGCAACCAACUACUCCUCCUCCACAUCCACAACCACUCCCGGCAGCUCAGCGAUCUACCGCGUCUACUUCCCCCCUCCGCACCCCGACACCCACCCCUACAGCUCCAAGGCCUCCAUAACUCUCACAACGCGCCUCCCCUCCAUCGGUCUCCCUAACGGUCUCGCAACCCUAAACACGCACACCAUCCUCGUCGCCGACUCCAUCAAAGGCCAAGUCCUCGCCAUCGACACCACGACCGGCGUCUCCACCCUCGCCAUCUCCGACCCCUUAUUCGCGCCCACAACAUCUACUUUCCAAAUCGGCGUCAACGGCAUCAAAGUCCACUCCGCCACCUGUACCUUGUUCUUCACCAACUCCCAGCAAAAAAUCUUCGGUCGUAUCCCUAUCGAUAUUGAAACCGGAAAGGCCACAGGCGCUGCUUCCAUCAUCGCGAAGUUUCCCUCUGAGCCGACGGAUCCGCAGCUCGCGGCUUAUGAUGACUUUGCGUUGGAUGAGAGGGGGAGGUGGCGUAUUUGA